AUGGCAAAUUACCGGCGGCCACGCGAAGCUGGCGAGCCUCGAAAGAAGGUCGAGUGGACCAUUUCCUACAGAACUGGAUCCAAAGUGGAAAAUGUUACGCUCAAAGGCUUCGAGGAUCAAUUUAUCGAUCUGGAUCCUCCAGGUAUGAGUUUGGAGUCCCAACCGUUGUUUGUUGACUGGCCAGAGGAAGGCGCAGAUCCCAGCGAGAAACUGCCAAGUAAUCAGGCGACGCCAGAGCCACAUAACAAUGAGAAAUGUGAUCCCGUUGUGAUCGAUCUAGUGACGCCUGAGAAAGAAGUUCCUAGUGAAGGUGCCAAGGCGUGUAAUCACGUUGUCACUCUGCCCAAACAGCGCCAAGAAAUUCCUAAAAAACGAAAGCCUCGUUGUAUUGACAGUCAUUGGGAGAGUCUCAAAAAAUCUAGUCGGAAGUGCCCAAGCACUACGGAAAAACGUCGCAUGGCUAUUUCCAAUAAUUUUUCGAAAAAGCCUGAAACUACGCUUACUGAGAAUUUUACACAGGGCACAAGUGUUUUUAUGUCUGAUGGGAACUGCAGGCUCGUUGAAUACCUUCAAAUUGGAGACGUGAUUUUAACGGAAGACGGUUCAACUGGUGUCGUGAAAAAGAUUGAGGAACGUUGGGAAGAUGCUUUCGGAAUCAAGCAGCGAACACACCACUAUAUUCAUCUCGUGGACGAAACUCGUGACAAUCCAUACGGCCUUUUUGAAACGACUUUUUUCGCAAAGCAAGUGGUCCUAUUAGAGACUUUCCAGCGCAGUGCAGAGUCUGUUAGAAAAGAGAGGGGCAAUCAACGCAGAUUCCAUAUCGUUACUGUGGAGGAUUUCGAUACUAACGAGGGCAGAUUGAUUAAGCUGGCAAAAAUUGUCGAAAAACAUUUCCCCUCUAAUACGUCAGACGAUGUUGUUCAAGAGUAUUUGUCAAAAUUUAGAAAGCAAGCGGAUAGUAAUAGAUUUGUGCGUUGGAGUUGCGAAAUUGGUGAUUUGAAAUAUCUCUCUGAUAGGGCUCGUGCUUCCACCCGCCUAUUGUUGAUGCCCUUAGCGUUUGAAUUACCAACAUUGUUACCCUUCUUGGAGAAAACCUUUCAUAAAAAGGUCUCUGCAAGGGAACUAGAGGCGAUGGCUUGGUUGAUUGGUUUUUGGGUGGGUGAUGGCUUUAGAAGAGGUGCAGCGUUUGCUCUACACUCGGAAGAUCAUGAGGUAAAUGGGAGAUUAGAAGAAAAUGCCAAGAUCUGGGGAAUGACGUAUACCCAAAAACCUCCUAGACCAGGCACCUUCAGUGCGUACGCUGUACUACACACUAUUCAAAAUGGACGUCGCCGAUGGAAUGUGGGAAACCCGUUCAUUACCGUUUUAAAAGGUUUAUUUUUCUACGAAAAUGGAAAAAUAAAUGAUGCCAAGAACGUUCCAUUUUUCUUAAGAACCGAUCAAUUAAUGGUCCGCGAGGCAUUUCUUGCGGGUUUGAUCGAUUCAGAUGGAUGUUCAUUGAUUGCAGACGGCUUUCUCUACACGAAUAUUGUUACCGCUUACCCCCUUAUUAGAGACGGCGUUCAAGUUAUUGCUCGAUCCUUGGGUUUGAAUGUCUUCGCUUAUGUUGGACCUGAAAGACGUAUCAAGAAUACAAAUUAUAUUAGUAAGAAACACUGGAAUUUUUACUUGUCAAAUGGAAGUAACCCCAAGGUUUUGCGGUCGGUGCUCGAUAGGUGCUCGGCUACGAGAAAAAGGAACCCAAAGGAAGCAAAUUACAAGCAAAGGAAAAGGCUUCAAGCAUUAGAGGAGGAAGAACCAUUGGAAGAAAUCACUGCUGGUAAUGAUGCAAAUGAUGAAGAAAGUAUUUUUGAAGACAGGUUCAUCAGGGAGAAAAUGGAAGCUAACAAGGGCGGAAACCUUGAAGAGGAUACAGAUCCUACUCUAGCCGCCGAGGACGCAACUGCAGAUGAAGAAUUGGAAGAGGGAACGGAGGGGACCUUUGCCACUGAGAACGAACGCCAUAUCCCAGAAGAGGGAUCAGAACGUACUUUGGCUGUUGCAGACGCAUCUACAGGUAAUAGUACGGAGAAAAGUGAUGCAGAGCAAACAAAGACCAACAGUGACUUGAGCGACUCCGAAAAAGCACUAGUUUGCUACAAUUAUUCACGCCAAUUUUUUCACAGUAAUCCACUGAAUCGAAAAGUUAAAGUCUUUCAAAUCACGCACACUUCACAGCAGCGAAUAAUUCCAGAACACCAAAUCGUGACCAGAGGUUCACUCAUGGAAUCAGGCGAAACAAAGGCCAUUGAUAUUUUCGAAAACAAAUGUUACUCUUGCGGUAAAGGCGUUUCUUUUCCAUGGAAAAACGUCCCUUGGAGGGAGAAUUUAAACUGCUACAAAUUGUGCCGCAGCUGCUAUGACUACUACAUCCAAAGUCGUACACGAUGUUACGAUUGCAAUCGGGUUAUUGGGUUCCUGCAACUUAAGGAAAAAGUUGAAAGAAAAGAUCGUAUAGUAUCGAAGGUGACGCCAGAGGGGAAGAAAAUAACUGGCCAUAAAUGUAACCACUGUCAAGGAGUUUUGAUUCGCGAUGCCCCACCAAAACCUAGAAUUAGGAAAAAACUCGAACACGAAACGAGAGAAUGUUAUCACUGCGGGCCCACAUCCAGUAUCAAAUGGCACACCCUUCCAUGGGACAGAUCAAAAUACUGGUGUCAUAAAUGUGGUCAGCGGUUCGAUAUAACCAAGACUAUGUGCUCUAAUAACCAGUGUCACUACGUGCCAUCGAAAGGUGAAAUUGAGAAGCAGAAAAAGAAUGGCGCGCCACUGUCUUGCUCAAAGUGCCACUCGCCUCUGGAAGAGAAAACUAGUUGA